UGCCUUCACUUACAUCUCACCUCGGUCAGCCACCUUCACCAAUGUUUUCUAACAUUUUAAGACCAGACAGGAGACGGUGAAGGUUCAAACCCAGCUGAAGACACCUCUGAGGUCUUGCAGCCUCCCUCACUUAAAUGGCCAUGCUACUGUCUCCUCAAGCAGAGAGGAACUGGGAGGAAGUGUGCUCGGUUCUAGAAGAAGUGUUGGAGGACCAGUCACACCGGCAGCUCUUCGCUCUGGAAAUUGGUUCCGGAACCGGGCAGCACGUCAUCCGCUUUGCCCAGAAGAUGCCUUUUGUCACCUGGCAGCCGUCAGACAUCCAGGAGGAGGCCCGGCAGAGCAUCAAAGCAUACAUCGACGCGACCAAUAUGACGACAGUGCUGCCACCUGUGCACCUGGAUGCUAGUGAACCAUGGGAAAAGUGGGCGGGGCUUACUCGUGGAUCCUGUGAUGUCAUUAUUGCAAUUAACUUACUGCAGUACAGUUCCUUUAAGACAGCACAGGGUGUUUUCAAUGGGGCAGGGCAGGUCAUAAAACAAAAUGGCCUACUGGUAAUCUACGGGGUGUAUGCAAUUAACGGCACCAUUACACCGCAAUGUAAUGAACUCCUAGAUGAAGAACUACGCAAAGUGAAUCCCGAAUGGGGACUUCCAGAUGUGGACGUGCUCCGGCAGCUGGCCUAUGGGAAUGGCAUGCGUAUGGAGAGAAUGUUGGAGAUGGAAGACUGCUACAAAUCUCUCAUCUUCAGAAAAAUAUAGAAAUGCAUUCAUGUGUAAUUAGCCAAACUUGUGACUCUUUGGGAGAAAAAAAAAGUGACACAAGUGGACAAUAAGAAUCAGAUAUUUAUUAAAUAUAAAUUUAAAAUGACUUGCGAGCCCGACAGAUGGGUAUGAUGGCGUAAAGAUCAGUUAAAAGCAAUGGAUUACAUGCAGCCAAAAGCAGUUCCACUCAUCCUUGUGCACAUUUAGCAUACAUGUGCAAAGACAGGCACACUAACAAAUAAUUACAGUUUAAGAGGCCCUAUUUCAUGAUUUAAAUAAAUGAUUUGUAUUCUCUGUAUAGCUUCAGUGGUUCAACCAUGAAUCCAUAACUAUUUUUAAAUAUUGAAAACACACUACGACGAAGAAAAGCCAAAAUAACAAUGACAAUUUUGGAACAGACAAGCGGAAUGUUAAGCUGUGAUCCUGAAGAUGUGUUAGUGCUGUUCAUUCCAAGCCCCUCCCUUCCUUAAAGACACACACGUGUCUUUCAAACACCUCUCAGUCAAAAAAUAAAGUGUUCAGACAGGGUCCACUUUGGAAUACAAUUAAAAUCAACAUGCUUUUUUGCCAUGUGUUUCUUUCCCUGUAAUUAGUAUUUUCUUAUUUCAUUGUUAAGAGACUACUUGUGAAGGAGGAAAUACAAGGAACAGGUAAUGGGAUGAGGGUUAGCUCACCCCAUUUUUUCACCCACACUAAUGUAAAGAGAU